UCAAAAUGCGCCAUGGCAGCUCGGUUCUUGUCAAAGCGAGUGUGAAACGUAGCUGGAGCAAACGAGUUACCUGUUGUGGGGCCUUCACCUUUUGAUACAACAUGAAUUCAUUCAUUAGACGAAGACUUCCGUCUUCUGUGAGAACUCUUCUGACAGACAUUGGUCCAAAGGAAGAGUGGAUUGAUGCAGAGCCCGAGUCGGUGACCAAAGAUGGGAUUCUGUUACCGUCCAGAGGAGCUGUUUCUGGACAAGAUGUGCUGCUUAUGCCAGCACAAGCGGAGGAAUCCACAGAGGAUGGAAGUAACACUGGGAGAAAUGUGGUCUGCAUGUUUUGUGAAUGUAAACCCUCUUGCUACACCUGUCCUCGGUGUAACCUGCAAUACUGUGGCUUGGUUUGCUACCAGAGCCCAGCUCACACUGACUGCUCAGAAGCAUUUUACAAGGAGUCUGUUCUGGAGGAACUGAAAGAUAUGGGGAAAACAGAGGGUAACGACAAAAAGAAAAUGCAGGAGGUUCUUGUUGGACUGAGACAUAUGGCAGAAAGAACAGAUGGGGGGAUGGGACAGUUGUUAAAAGAAGCAGGUAUUGUGUCAGGUGAAGGAGAAGAGGACACAGCAGAGAAAGUACAGGUUGUGGAACUCUUGUCCAGGUUAGCAGAUCUCCAACAGUCUGGAGAGGGGAGUACACCAGAAAUUGAGGCUAUUUUGAGAAAACUAGAAGAGAUCGGAGGUGGGGAUAUGCUGCCAGGAGACAUUGAUGAAGAUGACGAACAUGCUGAAGGGGGGCUGGACUUGGCAGAACGGCUCUCAAGGAUGGAUGUGGACAACCUUUCUGAGGAGGAGCUGUGGGAAAUGCUUGAUGGCAAAGAAAAGGAAAAGUUUAUUGAUCUGAUGAAGUCUGGAGCUCUUGGCGGGUUAGUUCCCCUCUGGAAGCCAUGGUGGGAGGAGCACAAUGAGGAAGGGACAACGCUGGUGGAGGAAGUCAGCAAAGUGGAGAGUGAGUUAUUAACUGCCGUGGAUGAAGAUGAUGCUUAUAACAAAGUGAAGACAUCACAGAAAGAGGCCAAAACAUCUACAAAGUUCAGAGCGAUUAAAGGGAGAAAUAUAAAGGAAACAAGCCAGGGGAAAGCAAGAUCAACAGCUCCCUCUGUGCCUCCAAUCUCUUCAAAAAUUCCAAAUUUGAGUUCUUUGUGUGCAAAUCCAUCUCCCUUGAUAUGCUACAGUUUGGUCAAUGCACUAUUUGGCUACACCUUCAGUCUGUGUCUAUUUAACGGUGACACUAAUUCAUUGAUGUUUGAAUUAUGUGACAUGAUUCUCGCUCUGUCAGAGGCACUGAGCUCAAGCAGAGUGUUCAGCUCUGUCCAAGAGGCUUUAGACUGUGGAGACACUGUUUCGAGUGGAGGCUACCUCGACAAGGAAGAUCCUCUUGCCCCAGCCAGGGCACUGGAAGCUGUGGCUCACGUCAUGACUGGCAGAGAUAGAAAAGACUCUACAGGAUACUGCCUGGCAGCUUUGAGUCAGCUUCGCUCUGUUCUUUCUCAGGCAAGAGCAGCCCUGUCUAAAGAGGGAGAGGAAGGGGCAAGGAGGCAGAAGUACUUCCUGGCAAGCAAAAAAUGUGAAUUCUUUCAAGCUUGGGUCUUGGACAAUGCACCCCAGAUUCGCCGACUUGCUCUUGAGUUAUGGACUGAACACAGUAAAAGACAGAGUGUGAGGAAUAGCCUGGAGAAAGCAAAGGCUGUCGUAGAGGGGAACUUGAAAAAAGGGAAGAUGAGAGGGAAAAGUAAAUUGAUUGAAGAAGUGAGCCAAUGAAAAGCAUUCUUGAACAUGUUGAUAUUUGUAUUGUAAUUAAAAUGUAUGAAGACUUUG